GUCAAAUGAUGGGACGUUAGCAGAGAGACCUCCAUUGUGGCAUCGUAGAAAGCUGGGAGAGGAGCGGCAGAUACGGACCGGCGGAGGUUCAGGGGAGCUUUUUGCAUGAAUAGUGGAGUAAUUCAGUCAGAGAGGUGAUUAGCAUUUUGAGUGGAUUCACCGCCGGCUUUGUCCCAUUCAGAGGGAGAAUCUAGGCCAGACAUCCAAAAUGGGAGGCAAGCUCAGCAAAAAGAAGAAGGGAUACAACGUAAACGAUGACAAGGCCAAAGACAAGGACGCCCCGGCCGAGGGGGCGUCUGCAGAGGAGAGCGAGGCGCCGAAGGACAUCAAAGACGAGGUGUCGGCCGCCAGCGACUCUAAGGAGGUAGCGAACGACACGGCGGCGGCCAAGGAGGAAGAGAAGAAGGAGGAGAAGAAAGAGGAGAAGAAAGAGGAGAAGAAGGAGGAGAAGAAGGAGGAGAAGAAAGAGGAGAAGAAAGAGGAGAAGAAAGAGGAGAAGAACGCCACCCCCGCUGUAAAGGAGCCAGAGAAACCUGCCGCCAACGCUGAGCCGAAAACAGAGGCGCCGAAAACAGAGGUGCCGAAAACAGAGGCGCCGAAAACAGAGGCGCCGAAAACAGAGGCGCCGAAGAGCGAAGAGCCCGCCAAGGCCGAGGAGAAACCCGCGGUCAAAGAGUCAGCGCCUGCCGCCGUGAAAGAGCCCGAAGUCAAGGCGGCGAAACCUGAGAUUAAAGAAGAGGCCGACGCCAAAAAGACUGAGGCCCCGGCGGCUCCAGCAGCCAAAGCAGAGGCGGCCAUCGCUGCCUCCCCCGAGCCGACAGAGGCCAACGCAGCGGGAAAAGAGCCCGCCGCCGCAGCACCUAGUUCAACACCAGCCGCCAGCGAGACCCCCGUCAAAGAGGCCAACGCCACAGAGGCACCAAGCAAGGAUCAAACCGUAGCAGUUCAAGAUUAAUGGACAGCUUCUUUUCGGAAAUAACAUAAAAAGUACCUAACUCAACCAUGAAGAUAAAAAGAAAAAAAAAAUGAAAUGUACUAGCCCACCACCCAUAUUAUGAUAUUAACAAUAAUAAUAAUAAUAGUAGUUGUAAUGGUAAUGAUUUGAUGAACCUGAGCAGCUACCUGGAGAAGUCCCCCCCCCCCCCUCGCCCCCCGCUGCAGAUUAUAAUUGCUAUUAUUAUUGUUACGUUUUAUUCUAUUUUUUUCUGCUGUAGUAUUUGAACUUUGAUACGAGUUUGUGUCGGCCAUUCGCCUAGCCAUCCCACCUUCAUCAUCGUCUCCCUCCUGAAGGCAAGAGGCUUACCCCCCGCUCUGAGGACGUCAGAACGGCUACUUUUGAGGACAUGGGACUGAGGGAAGGAGGGGGUUUGAGAAAUGUCUUUACCAGCUGGACUUCCAUUGAAUCGGUCCACUUUUCUUCUUCCUCCUACCCUCCUCUUCUGAGUAUCCUACUCUCCGUCUUGUCCUGGUACCUCCAGUCUUUCUUUGGAGUUGUAACCGUGUACUUUUUGGUAUUCUUGGGUUGUGUUGGGUCUCUAUACGGCAAAAACUGAUGAGUUUAAAUCUGUUGUGAGGACUGAGAAAGCUAAGCCUUCCUGAGACAUUUUGGAGGUUGAAAAAAGUCCGGCUUUGCAGAGCCAAACACAUUCUUAGACGUAUAAAAAAAGUUUCAGAUAAACUUCUACAUUUUGUACUGAAACCCUUGGGUAUAUUGUAAGCAAACUAAGUGGUUUUUUAACAUUUGUAAUACACUUAUAAAUUCUGCAAAGCCUCCUUUUGAAAGAUCUCCAGCGUGUUCUUAGAAAGUCCGAUAGACUUCUCGGACUCUUUGUCCAAAUCUGAUGACGAAUUUGAUCAAGGUACUAGGCAAGACAGAUAUAUUUUGGGACCUGGGAGACAUUCACAAUCUCGCCUAGCGUUAGUUUGAUCGAGCUUAGGAUAACAAGCUGGUGACGUUUAUUGAAAUAUCAGGAGAUGUCAGGAGUUAACCACUUUUUCUGGGAUUGGCUUGAGUUUCUGGACCGUUAAGUACGUUUCAGAAAGUAGACAUACUUACAAAUGCUGUGAGUAAAAGUUCUACAUUCUUCUUAACUCCAGCAAAAUAUACUUAUUAGGAGUUAAAGUAUAUUGUGAAACCAUAUUAAUACUGGGCAGAGAUGGAAAGUGUUAACAUGUACUUACCACAUGUUGUUUUAUCACAAACUAGAGGAAAGACCCCCAACAACAAUCCCAAUUUCUGGAUUUUUUGGAAUUACAUUAGCUAUUUAUAUGUGUUGAUCGUCUUGAUUAACCAAUCUUCAAUCAGUAAACCCAUUCACGUAACUUUCUCAUAUAGCCUUUGAAACUUUCUUUAGAUCACAGCAGGAACAUCUGCGGUGCAAACCUCACCAGUUUGGUAUCUAAGCGGCUGAAAACACCCCGGUCGAGAUCACAGAUUGUGUUGUUUGUCAGAGGUUGGUGUAUCAGUGUAGCUCUGAAAACUCAUGGAGGACCAGAGGGGGGGUUUCUGUGAAUGAUCAGAGUCAUCAUUAACCUACGUGAUCUUCUUUGGUCCCGUGGAAAACGCCAUGCUAUCACAACGGGAUGGAAAACUCUUGCACAUGAAAAGGGAGCUUCUGAUUUCUCAUUUCUCAUUCAAUAUAUACGGCAUAUAUGUACGUAAAUGCAGCGGUGGAACAAAGGUAUUUACCUAUUUUACUCAAGUAGAAGCAAUGUCACGGGGGUAAGAAACACUCCAUGGCAUACCUGCAUUUUCUUAUUUGCUACAGUUUCCAAGGGGAAAGUACUGAAAGUGGAGAAGAGAGUUGACCAUCGUCGUGCUUUUGGAUCGGCAGAUAGGAAGGAAGCUUUUAUAUAAGCUGAAAGAAAGGAGGGCUGAUUGAAAGAAAGGAGGUAUAGAAACAAGGAAAACUGCAAUAGUGAAAUAUGUAAACAAGAAAGGAAGGUGAUACGAGGGAAAGGAGAGAUUAAAGGACAGGAAAUAUCAGUGAUCAUGAUAGACGGAAGAUCUUAAUUUGCCAAAUUGGAGUACUCCGAAUUGAAAACAGUCAAGAAAGUACCUUUUAAAUUGUCUUAACUUCAGUGUUUGAGUAAAUAGACUUUUGUAAUGUCCACCUUUGCCUCUAUAUGUCAGUAUAUAUCUAUAUAUUUAUCCAUCCCAGCUUUCCAUUUGCCAGUUUCUCUGUUUCCUCCGACUGACACCCAACACGUCCUCCCAGCACUCGUCAAACCGUAGCAGAAGCUCAAACUGGAGGAGCGUUGCGUGUCACUCGGCUCAGUUUUUUCUUCCUCUCUUGACUCAGUAAAUUGCAUGUCCGUGGUUGGGUGAACCUGUAGUCCUGUCUUUUUGGUCAAGUGGGAAAAAAAGUACUAAUUUCUCAGUUUUCUGCAUCCAUCGCAACUCCAGUUGAUAUUUUCAUUCCAUGUCUCACCACUUGCUAUUUCCACACCACAAACAAAACAAAAAGAUGAUAUGGAAAUUGAUGCAUUCAAAAUUAUAUGUACUUGUAUAAAUGGUGCAACAGUAAUAAAAUGUAAGAAAUUGACUGAAACCUUGA